GGACUCCUUAGUUUUGGGAGUGUUUGUGUAGUAGGAGAGGAGCGUGUAUUAUUGUUUAGCUUUCGUAUCAGUCCAAGAAAACUAGGUUUAUCUCCCAGCUCAAAAGCACUGUCCCUACAGAAAUGGAUAUUCAAACACAGUGAUCUUUAGAGGUUGUGACCUGCAGUAGCAGGAAGCUCAGGAGAGACUGUAUACUUUUAGUAUCUCUAAGCUCUGGAGCUUUUUUAUUGAAUUAUGUUUUUCCUUUUCAGUUAAAUAAACCAUAGCAAAAAACCUUUCACUCUGUGCUAAGAUAUUCUCAAGUGCUCUUGUUUCCAAGGGUAACUUUACUGGGGGCAGCAAUGCAGUCUCAGAACAGAGCUCUUAUGUGUUCCAGUUACAGAAUUACUUCCCGUGCUGCUGACAGCUUGAUUUGUGAAAGAAAAAAGAACAGCAAAACAAAACUCAACCCACAGCCUGUGCAACAGAGAAAAACACAGACUUGCUGUGCUUUAGGGAAAGUGUCAGACACAAACAUUUCAAAGGAGGAAAGCUUCUAGUCUUCAUGUACAUGAUAAAAAUCGUUUUACAAGGGUAAAAGCUGAGACAGCAAAACCCAUCUGCUAAGACUUCAACACAUCUCUAUAAAAUCUAUGGUGGAGUCUGGAUAAGAGCCAUCAGGAGGGCUUUCUAGCCAGUUUGAGGCUGAGUGAUAGCAAUCUUGAGCCACAAUUUCAGAGGAGUGGCACCAAAAGGCCUGUUGUUAAUGCUGAGUGCUUUACAGGACAAGUAGCACUACCUGUUUCCUCGGCUGCCUGAAAAUCAAACCAUAGAUACUGACCUUCAAUCCAAAUAGGGGAGGAAAAAUGCCAGCUUCUCUGAAAAAGCUGCAGCAAAUGGCUAUUUUCAUGGGACUGUUCAGCGGCGGGGGAUGCAUCGUGAUGUAUAAUCUUAUGCAAAAAAGUUUUGCCAGGACCCAGUAUUACCAGCAAGCUUUGGAGCAACUGAACAGCAAUCCUGAAGCCCUGGAAGCCCUGGGUGCCCCCCCUCUUAAGGUUCACAACAUCCACCUGACAGAUGGGAGCAAUCGUGUGGACACAGAAAGAGCGCGGAUAAAGUUACCGGUCUCUGGAACAAAAUCGGCAGGUUACCUCUACAUUAACUCAAAGAUGGACCACUCCCGUCAGUGCUGGUGCCUUCAGGAUGUCACCUUGAAACUGCGGGAUGGUCCGAAUAUUCCCAUUUACCACUCUCCAGUGGAAAGCAUUGGUGUGCAAGAAGGCUAAAAAUCAGGGACAGCUGCAUCUCCGCCUCCCAUUGAGCCAAAGGAGCCAUUAAUCGAUUGCAUCCUGCUGUGUCUGUGAAUGUACACAGUUGUCACAAGUGACAGUUUCACUUAAGCGGGUGCUCUCAAGACAAUUUUCUCUCUAAGAUUUACCUCAUUAUUGUUGUAAUUGUAAUUUAUUUCUUUUGCUGUCUUAUUCACGUGUUUAACAGAAGUCUAAAAUAAAUAUCUUGCAAAAGA